AUGUCGGGUCAGCAAGGUUACGGCCAACCUCCGAAUAUGCAGCAACAGCAGAUGAUGUACAAUCAACAGCAUAUGAUGGGACGUCAGAUGGGUCAAAUGGGUGUUCAGCGACAGAUGUACGCUCAAGACUCAGGGAUGCCUCAACAGCAAGGACAAAUGCAAAUGCACUUUACACCACAACAGCAGCAACAAAUGCAAAUGGGGCAGCCACAAAUGGGGCAAAUGCCACAAUUGCAAGCUCAGCAACAGCAACAGCAACCCCCGAUGGGGCAUCAGCAGCAGAUGCAAAUGGGCUUGCAACAACAGCUGGGUGGUCAGCAAAUGGGAAUGCAGCAACAGCAACAACAAAUGGUUCAACAACAACAGUUGGGACCACAACAGCAAACUGUACAACAACAACUCUCACAACAACCUCAGCAACCAAUUGGUCAACAACCCAUGCAUUCCAAUCAACCACAAUUAACUACAAUAUUGGGUAGUUCACUACAAAACGUUUCUCAACAGCACAUGCAGAUGCAACAACCUCGAAGUCCUAUGACAAGUUCUGUUGGACCGCAGCAGCUUACACCAGGUGGUGGUCCAGGCUCACAGGCACCCGGUUCAACGCUUGCGGUAGCUAGUGCAGGAGGUCCAACCUCUGUCGGACCAAUGUCUGUGCAACCACAUACUCCCAUGAAUCCUGCAUCUCAGCAAACCAUACCUCAACCCUCAUCUGUACAGCAAGGACCGGCAUCGGUUCCUCCCGGUACACCUGCAAGUAAUCAGCCUGCGCUGCAGUCGUCUUCCACAGGAGAGCCGACGCAUCCUUAUCUACAAGACCCUGUAGCACAUAGCAAGCAGCUGAUUAUGAAAGACCUUCGUUUCUCGAUCAUUGAUCUGAAUCGGCGGGCAGGAGAAGCCCUCAAGGAUCUUCGUGCUGGCAACGUUCCAUCGAACUCGAAAGAGUAUCUAAAGGCUAUGGACAAUCUGUUUGCUAUCCUGGUAUGCGAAACACAAAAACAAAUGAGUAAAAUGGAGAAAAUCUUUGACAAAGACGCUUUGAAAGAACAUGUGGGCUUUUCUGAUUCGAAAGGACGUCACGGCGCUGAGGAUGACUCGGGAGCAAAUCUGGCUGCCAUAAAUGCCUAUAUUGACCAGACGAAACAGCUCCAAGCCGCUUUUGACCGCGCCUUUUCACAUGUCGGUCGAACGUUGGAAACAAUUCGACGGAGGCAAAACAUGGGUCUCAAGAACACGAAACUUGAGCCUAUGGAUAUGUGA